AAUACCUAAUUUAAUAUUGAAAAGUAAUAUUUAUAUUAUUAUUAUCUAUUAGCAUUAUUGUUCUGAGCUAUUGCCUAUGAGUAAAUAAUAAAUAAGUAGUUUUUACAAUUUUAACUUAAUUCUUAAAUAUUCUUUGUUAAGUGUUAACUUUUCAUUCGUUGAAUAAACAAGAAAUGUAAUAACAAUUCACCAAUGGCACUCACAAAUAAGUUAUUAUUAAGUCAAGUAGCUGGCUAUACAAUAGCAGCAAUUCUUUCACUAUGCAUCAUUAUACCAAUGAGUCUUCAUCAAGAUGAAUUUAAAGGACAUUGUCUUUUGUUUUCUUCUGGUCAAUGGCUUGAGAAGAAUGGUCAGUUUUUAGUAAAUUGGGCUUCUCAAGCUUAUUGCAACUAUUCAAUUUUUGUCGGAGUUUUGCUAUUAGUGAUAUCAUCAAUACAGACGUAUAGGAUGUCAAUUUUUGCUUAUAAGGGAACUGACAGUUCAUUUUUAUUGACAUUUAUUGAUGCCAUUACAUGUGUACUUAUGUGUAUUUUUACAAUCAAUGCUGCUCUGAUGAUAACAUUUGGAUUUAUGACAUGGUGUAAUGACAUGAUUGAAAGAUUUCCAUCGUGUGAAAUGGCUGCUGGAAAUCCUAUUGAUAUUCAAGAUGGAAUUGAUACAUCUGGUUUUUACUUCCAACUUGGGGUAGCUCAGUUUGGUAUAUGGGCAUCAUGGUCCUGCUGGGUUGGCUUGACAGUUUGCACCAUGUGUAAACUUUGUUAUUAUCAUCAAAUGAGUAAUAUGAAAGCUUCAAUGUUACGAGAAAGACAGAAACUUAUUGAUGAAGGUAUGGCUGCACCCACACGAGUGACUCCAUAUACUACUCAAACAGAUACUUCAGAUGAAAGUAAUAAUUCUAAAAUUGAAUCACAACCAUCAAAAUCUAUUGAUGUUAAAAAUAUUCAGUAGUUCAUGUUCUAAUAAUAUGUAUAUAUUUUUAUUAUUCCAUUUGAUUAAAAGUUUUAUAAAAUAUAUAGAUAAUAUUACAUUUGUGAAUAACACAUUUUGUAUUUAUGUGAAUCAAUUUAAAUUAAGAUUAUUAUUAUUAUUGUUAUUAUUAUUCUUUUAUUUUUUUACCUAUAAUCACUUAUACAAGUUGUUUUGU